AUGGACUUCGUCUUCGGGUUUCCCAAAGACGUUCACAAGAAUACUGGUAUUCUUGUGCUUGUUGAUCGGUUCAGCAAGAUGGUGCAUCUUGUUGCUGUAACAAAUUCAAUCACAGCCCAGGGCUGUGCUCGUGUCUUCAUCGAUACUAUCUUCCGACUUCACGGGUUACCCCGUGAGCUCGUGUCUGACAGGGACCCUCGCUUCACAGCGGAGUUCUGGCAAUCCGUGUUCUGUUCACUUGGAACACGUUUGACGAUGUCGACUUCUGACCAUCCAGAAACAGCUGGUCAGACGGAACGCGACAACCGCGUCCUCGAAGAGAUACUUCGAGGGUAUGUCCACUCGUUUACGAGUUGGAGUGAGUUCUUGACGAUGGCGGAAUUUGCCAUCAACAACUUGGUGCAUGCGUCGACAACGCAUACACCGUUCUUCGUGAAUGGCCUACGCCAUCCACGUGUACCCGCCUUCUUAGAGUGUGACUCUAGUUUGAGGGGGGGGUGGACUCGCUCGAACAAAACCCGAUCUGGUCCUUGCUCAUCACCCGUCGACAAUGGUGUCGACCUGAUGGAUGCCGAUGUCGAUGCGAUGGAUAUCGAUGAUGAUGACGACGACGAUACUGGUAUAUUUAGCAUCGCCAAUGACUGCCGAAGUGAGGACGAUGACACCCUCACUAGUGAAGACAACGUUUUUUAG